GUCAGAUGCCUUCACUCAAUACAUUUCAAGCUUACCAAUCAACAAGCAAGAUGCGACAUGUAAACAACUUUUUUUUUUGAAAUAGUUGUAUUUGACACCUUGGAAUCAUGUAAAAACAGUACCAAUAAGAGGUUCGUGUCGUUUGUAGUUUUGAUCACUACAUUUAGAGUCUAAUCCUAACACCACGACCUCGAAUGUUUAUCAGCUAAUCAUUUUCCCGCCAUCCUAAAGUAUUUCCUGGGAAAACUAAUUAUACCAUAUUUGGUGUCAAGUUCAUGAAUAAACAUAGACUAGUAGUGUACGUUGGUUCGUGUGACGUACUGUCUCCCAAACAGGCCGACAUUUUAAAGUUUAUACUCUGGAAAAUGGCAUCAGCUUUGAAAACCAAAGAAAGAAGGUUUGAAUAUAGUCAUAGUUAUGAUGAAAUUGAAGAGGUGUGCAAGACUAUAGCAAAUCAAACGAAAUACAAGCCAACCAUUGGUGUGAUUUGUGGAUCUGGAUUAUCUGCUCUUGGUGAUUUGGUCCAAGAGAAGGAUGUCAUUCCUUAUGAUAAAAUCCCCCUUUUCCCUAAAAGUACAGUACCUGGUCAUGCUGGUCAGCUUGUAUUUGGAAAGCUCAAUGGGAAAAUCGUAGUUAUGAUGCAGGGCCGCAGCCAUCUGUAUGAAGGGUACGAGCCUGGAGAGAUAACAUUGCCAGUGCGUGUCAUGGCAUUACUUGGCGUAAAGACACUUGUAGUAACUAAUGCAGCAGGAGGCAUAUCAAAAGACUGGAAUGUUGGUGAUAUCAUGAUCAUUCAAGAUCACAUCAACUUAGCUGGUCUGACUGGACACAGUCCGCUCAGAGGAUUCAAUGAUCCAAGGUUGGGACCUAGGUUUCCAGCUCUUUCUGAUGCAUAUGAUAAAAAAUUGCAAAAGCUUGCUAAGGCAACUGCAGAAGAGUUGGGAUAUCAAUCAUUUGUGAGGAAAGGGGUGUACUGUGCUCAGGUUGGCCCAGCCUUUGAAACUCCUGCUGAAUGCAGAUAUAUAAAAAGCAUUGGAGCUGAUGCAGUUGGUAUGAGCACAGUACAUGAAGUUGUUGUGGCAAGGCACUCUGGUAUCAAAGUCUUGGGAAUUUCCCUCAUUACAAACAUCGUUGUGUCAGACUAUGACGAUGAAUCAGAAGGAGCCAAUCACGCAGAAGUACUUGAAACUGGAAGACGACGAGCGUCAGAUAUGCAAAGAUUGGUAUCUACAAUUUUGCACAAGAUGGUUGAGUAAGGUGUCAGUUAAUUAUUAAAGAUUAUUAAUAAUGAUAAAUUAAUAGCGCAGCGUGUGAUGUCAUAAAAACGUCAAGGCAAAAUUUGGACAAACAAACUUACAAGUUUACUUUUUCAGCAGAUAAUUUUCACAGCCGAUCGCAGUUGAUCUUAGUUUACAUGGGUUAUUAUUGUAACUUUUAAGUAAAAAUAAUAAAAUCGGUUUGUAUAAUCCUCGUAGCGGUUAAACAGAAUGCAAUGUUUGUCCAAAUCUUUAAGUUAUUUUUUAGAAUCAGUGCGCUGUGCUAUUGAUGCUGGGUUGAAUUAAUUAAUUGACAUUCUUUGGAAUAUGGGAAAUUUUGUAUUCAUGCACUAAUUAUUACUAAAUGAUACUCAAGGGAAUAAUGAGUGGUCUGAAUCAUGAAUAAGUAUUACCAGUGUCGACGAGUGUUUAGAUAUUAAAAAUCUAAAUUAUUUAGAUUUUUAAUAUCUGUAGGGUAUAAGCUACUAAUCUAAAUGCACCAUAGAUAUAGACCGAUCUCCAUUUCCUGUGCACGUUGAUACUGAGUAGUCUAAUGUAAUAUGUCAGUGGUUGACAUCACUUCCGAAUAUUGAAAUUACAUUUAUUAAUUAUACAAAAGAGAAUUUUUUUUUUAAUAGUAGUCUUAGGUCUUAUAUAUAGGUAAUAAUACAAAAUUAUACAAUUACAAUACUAAGGUCACUUUGUGAAUUUUUAGGUACAUUAUGAUUAGAUACUUGAUGUGUAAAAAUCACAACAGUACUUUAGGAGAGCAACGAGUGCUUGAACUUUGAACCUUAAUUUCUAAGUGACUAGUAUAGCUUCUACCUAAUAAUUCCCAAAUCCAGUCUUAGGCAAGACCAACUGAUGAUGAUGCUUUAAAGAAAGAAAUAUAUAUUAUAAAUAAUUUCCCCUCCAUAAACAGAUGCAAAUAUUUUAAUUCCGGGGAUUAUGGCUAGGCAUGAUGAAGAAAAUAUUUUGAAAAAUGUUCAAGAUGUAAUAGUUAGAGUACAUACUAGCUAGGCUUAGGUACAAAAUCAAAGCAACUUUCCCGAAAAUAAGAACUCAAGUAGUCUUAGCACUAGCUAAAGGAUACCUUAGAGUAUAGCAUACUGACUGUAUGGUAUAUACUAGAGAUCAUGCAGUAAAACCAUGAAAUAAAUACUGACAAAUAGUAGUUAUUUAGUGACUAAUAGUUGAUGUUACCCAACCAGAACAUUCACUUUGCAAAAGACAAAUACACAAGAGACUAUUUCUGUCUUUUGUGUGAAGAAUGUUCUGGUUGAGUGAUAGCAGUCACUAAAUACCUACUAUUUGUCAGUAUCAACUUUGUUUUUAUUUCAUGGUUUUACUGCAUGCGCUCUAUGACGACUGGGAGUCAAAUUUCUCAUUUUUAGAAUUAAAUCAAUAUUUCAAAUUAUGUAGUAUUUUUGAAUACAUUUUCAAUCUCCAAUCUCCAAAUCUUAGUAUUUGGAAUUUUUAUGUACAAUUGUACAAUUUAUAGUCCUCAUCUUAAUGGUUAAGUUAUAUAUUAAGGUAUAUAUUUAUUUGUCUCUACUAAAAUGAACCUCAUACAACUAGGUUCCAGACAUGUUUUGAUCUCCAUCAAUCAUCCUACCAUAAACACAGGUGUGACUGAGAGACAUACUGGUAGUUUGAUUGAGUGAAGCCAAAAUAUCAUCCAUGAUGUUACUCUUCAAAUUUUAACAUUUACUGUCAACGUUUUGUGCUAAAUUUCAUUCAAAAUCAACUGGUGCUAUUCAGGUGAUUCUGUCAUACAGGAGGAAAAAACAUUGUUAGCUGUGUAAUAAUUGUAUUAUCAUUUGUUUGUAUUUCAGUAAUGGUUUUAAUAAUAUUAAUCAAUAUUUAUUAACUUUGGUUUUCAAUAGAUAAUUAUGGUAACUUA